UAUCUCGAAGACAGACAGGGUUCCUUUCACCUGUACAAUCAGCACAAAUAUUCUUCACAAUCAAUGCAGAAUCGGUCUAAUUUCUUGCCCUUUCUCUCUCCUCAAGGUUACAACCUCUCUCUCUCUCUCUCUGCACCUGUCUUUUUGAGUAUAUGCAUCAUUUAUGUUGAGGUGCCUAAUUUGUAUAGAGAUAUAGACGAGGAUGACGAUCGUUGUAGCUUCGAAAAUGGCACUGAUCUUAUGCUUGUGUUGCUGCUUUUUGCUCAUCCAUGUCGAUUGCCAACGAACGGAUCCGAAUGAAGUGAGUGCAUUGAGGUCGAUCAGGAAAAGUUUGAAUGAUCCGGACAGGCACCUGGUGCGGUGGAAUCGUGGCGAUCCGUGCAAUUCGUCGUGGACCGGGAUUUUCUGCUAUAAUCGAACACUCGAGGAUGGCUAUCUCCAUGUUAGAGAAUUGGCUUUCUUGAAUAAAAAUCUGUCGGGAACCUUAUCUCCCGAGUUAGGUCGAUUAUCCAAACUUGUAAUAUUGGAUGUCAUGUGGAACAACAUAAGCGGGCCGAUACCGAAGGAGAUUGGUAACAUUACAACGCUCGAACUCUUGCUUUUGAGUGGGAACCGGCUAACAGGAUCGUUACCCGACGAGCUCGGGAAUCUUGCAAAUUUGGACAGGAUACAAAUCGACCAAAACCUGAUUUCAGGACCGAUACCUCGGUCAUUCGCUAAGUUACAGAAAGGAAAACACUUCCAUAUGAAUAACUGUUCCCUCAGCGGGCAAAUCCCGGCGGAGCUGUCUCGCCUGCCGGUUCUCAUUCAUCUGUUGCUCGAUAACAACAACUUAUCUGGACCUCUUCCACCGGAGCUGUCUGAAAUGUCGAAUCUACAGAUACUACAACUGGAUAACAACAACCUAAGCGGGAGCUCGAUCCCGCCUUCGUAUGGAAACAUGUCGAGCCUGCUCAAGUUGAGUGCGAGGAACUGCAGUUUACAAGGUUCGAUUCCCGACUGGAGAAAUAAUCCGCAACUUGCUUACAUCGACUUGAGUCUAAACCAUCUGAAUGGAACCAUACCGUCGGGCGCGCUCUCGAAGAACAUCACAACUAUCGAUCUAUCGUCGAACAACCUGUCCGGAACCAUUCCUGAUAGCUUCUCAGAGCUUCCUCUUCUACAAAAACUGUUGGUGGCGAACAAUUCGCUGAAUGGCUCGAUUCCAUCGAGUAUAUGGCUAAACCGAACGUUGAACUCAGCCGAUCGACUCUUCUUGGAUUUCGGGUACAACGAAUUUUCGGGUAUUACCGGCGUCCUCGCUCGACUACCUAAUGUCACCAUUGCGCUUGAAGGAAAUCCGAUAUGCUCGAGGGGAAAUCUCGACGAGUUUUGCCUGCCUCACGUCGAGGAGUUUGGCAACACCGUAAAUGCGACGAGUCUCGUCGAUUGUCCGCCUGAAGCAUGCCCGCCUCCUUAUGAGUACGCUCCUGCAUCCCCGACGGCGAGAUGCUUUUGUGCAGCCCCCGUGCGGAUUGGAUACCGAUUAAAAAGUCCUUCUUUCUCGGAUUUUUUACCGUACGUCGAUCCUUUCAAGGAGUACAUAAGCUCGGGGCUUGAAAUGAACUCGUCUCAGCUAGACAUCGAGUCUGCAGCGUGGCAAGAAGGACCCCGUCUUCGAAUGUACCUCAAGAUAUUCCCGGCGUACAUCAACGAUAGCGUGAGGAUGUUCAACCGAAGCGAGGUGUUUUGGAUUCGCUCGAUGUUCGGAGGAUGGAAGAUUCGCGAAAGUCACGUGUUUGGACCGUACGAGUUUCUUAACUUCACGCUUCUUGAUCCUUACCGAGAUGUUCCUUCUCGAUCUUCGCCGGGAUUGAGCAAGGGAGCGUUGGCUGGAACUAUUCUCGGAACUAUAGCCGGAUCCGUGACGAUAUCCGCAUUCGUUUCGUUGUUUAUCUUGCGACGCCAUAUGAGGAAGCACCACACGUCGAUGAAGAGACGAAAAUCUUCGAGGAUCUCCAUGAAGAUCGACGGCGUGAAAGACUUCACUUACGACGAGAUGGCGCUGGCGACGACCGAUUUCAAUAGCUCGACGGUCGUCGGGCAAGGUGGGUACGGAAAAGUGCAUAGAGGAGUUCUCGGCGACGGGACAAUCGUCGCAAUAAAACGCGCUCUCGAGGGGUCGCUGCAGGGGGAGAAGGAGUUUCUUACAGAAAUACAGCUUUUGUCGAGGUUGCACCACCGGAACCUCGUAUCAUUGAUCGGAUACUGCGACGAAGACGGAGAACAGAUGUUGAUCUAUGAGUUCAUGCCAAACGGAACCUUGCGCGAUCACCUAUCGGGUAAGACGAAAUCAUCGCUACCAUUUUCGAUGAGAGUGAAAAUCGCGCUAUGCGCGGCAAAAGGCGUACUUUACCUUCAUACGGAGGCCAAUCCUCCGAUAUAUCAUCGCGACAUCAAGGCGUCUAACAUAUUGCUCGACUCGAGAUUCAAUGCGAAGGUAUCCGAUUUUGGGCUUUCUCGAUUGGCUCCAAUUUCCGAGCUCGAAGGAGACGUACCUUCUCAUAUAUCAACCGUCGUGAAGGGGACACCGGGAUAUCUCGAUCCCGAGUAUUUUCUUACUCACAAGCUGACGGACAAAAGCGACGUCUAUAGCCUCGGCGUCGUGUUUCUUGAAAUGCUUACCGGAAUGCACCCAAUAUCGCACGGCAAGAACAUCGUCCGGGAGGUUAACGUCGCGCAUCGCUCGGGAUCCAUAUUCACCAUCAUCGAUGAGAAGAUGAGGUCGUAUCCAUCCGAUUGCGUCGAGAAGUUCAUCGAUCUGGCACUCAAGUGUUGCCAAGACGAGACUGCGAGCCGGCCAUCGAUGGCCCAAGUAGUCAGGGAACUCGAGACCAUCUGGCAAAUGCUGCCGGAAUCCGAUGCCAACUUGACAGAUUCCUCGGCAAGAGAUUCCGGAAGCCUCCCGGAGACUCCGCCGUCCUCGACGAACCCCUGUGAGUCUUUGGAUAUCUCGGAGACCGCGCUCAUCAGCGGCACGAUGCCCACCGUGGCGCCGAGGUGAGAUCGGUAUAUGCUGAUAGAACUGUGCAUAGGCCAUUCGUUUGAGAUUUGCAGAUGUACAUAAUGUUCGUUGAUUCCUUUGUAAACCCAAAUUCAAUCAUUCUAACAAAUUAUUCGACGUUGUCGUCUUCUGUAAAAUC